GUGGAGCAAUGAAGUGUAAGGCUGCCGAGAGUGUGGGUAAUCUGGCCUGGGCACCUUGGCUGCUGUGCACUUGCUCUCCUGCCCCCCUCCGCAAGCCCUGCUGUUCUCAUGUGCCAAGUGUGAGCAUGAGCUGGCCACACAGCCGGCCCUGACGUUUCACCCACUUGGCAGAAUGGCUAUUUUUGUACUCUGGGACCCAGCUGAGUGGUCACUAUACUAUCCCCACUCCUGCCAGCUGAGUCCUGUUGCCCUGCUGUGGGAGAAGGCUCCAGACUUCCCCAGCCAAGACCCCAACCAUCUGAAAUCCAGAGGCCAGGGAGAGAAGGCAAGCAGAAGAGCAGGACGGCUGUUCUCAGUGAAGGACCGUGCGGCCGCCCCUGAGCAGCGACCAUGGGCCUGCUUGCCUACCUGAAGACCCAGUUCGUGGUGCACCUGCUCAUUGGCUUCGUCUUCGUGGUGAGCGGGCUGAUUAUCAACUUCACCCAGCUGUGCACGCUGGCCCUCUGGCCCAUCAGCAAGAACCUAUACCGCCGGAUCAACUGCCGCCUGGCCUACUCGCUCUGGAGCCAGCUGGUCAUGCUCCUGGAGUGGUGGUCCUGCACGGAGUGCACUCUCUUCACCGACCAGGCCACCGUGAACCACUUUGGGAAGGAGCACGUGGUUGUUAUCCUCAACCACAACUUCGAGAUCGACUUCCUUUGUGGGUGGACCAUGUGCGAGCGGUUUGGCGUGCUGGGGAGCUCCAAGGUGCUGGCUAAGAGGGAGCUGCUGUAUGUGCCUCUCAUCGGCUGGACAUGGUACUUCCUAGAGAUCGUAUUCUGCAAGCGGAAGUGGGAGGAAGACCGGGACACUGUCAUAGAGGGGCUGAGGCGCUUGGCUAACUACCCGGAGUAUAUGUGGUUCCUCCUGUACUGCGAAGGAACACGAUUCACAGAGACCAAGCAUCGCGUCAGCAUGGAGGUGGCUGCCUCCAAGGGGCUCCCCCCACUCAAGUACCACCUGCUGCCCCGGACCAAGGGUUUUACCACUGCAGUCCAGUGCCUCCGGGGGACGGUUGCAGCUAUCUACGACGUGACUCUGAACUUCAGAGGGAACAAGAACCCAUCUCUCCUGGGGAUCCUGUAUGGAAAGAAGUAUGAGGCAGACAUGUGUGUGAGGAGGUUCCCCCUGGAAGAUAUCCCAGCAGACGAGACCGGCGCGGCCCAGUGGCUUCACAAGCUGUACCAGGAGAAGGAUGCCCUGCAAGAGAUGUACAAGCAGAGCGGCGUUUUCCCCGGGGAGCAGAUCAAGCCUGCGCGGAGGCCGUGGACUCUUCUCAACUUCCUGUGCUGGGCCACAUUCCUCCUCUCUCCCCUCUUCAGCUUCGUCCUGGGCGUCUUUGCCAGUGGAUCCCCUCUCCUCAUCCUGACGUUCUUGGGGUUUGUGGGAGCAGCUUCCUUCGGAGUCCGAAGACUGAUAGGAGUGACUGAGAUAGAGAAAGGCUCCAGCUACGGCAACCAAGAGCUUAAGAAAAAGGAAUAAUUAACGCUGUGAUUGAACACCCAUAUCCUGACGCGGUAUCCAAUUAACUCAAUUAAAACAGAACACCCAAGAGCGAGGGAAAGAGACACUUAGAGACUAUUUUUCUUAUUAACUGGUGACUAAUAUUAACAAAACUUGAGCCAAGAGCAAAGAACUCGGCCUGCCAGGUGAAGAUGGUUGGCCAGCACCGGCAGGGUCCCAUCGGCCCUCUGCGGGGACAGAGGCGGGCUUGGGUGGGGGGGGUGGGGCUGUGGGGCUCCCCCAGAACUCUGCCUCCAAGAGGCAGCCUUGGCUGCUCUCCCUUCUUAAACUUAGAAUGAGGCUUUUGUUUCUUAUCGGUUAUUUGGGGAAUGGACCUGGCCCCAACCUUGUGCCCUCCACCCCAGAACACUGGCUCUCCAAGGGUGCCGCUGCCUCACGGGGGCAGGUCAGCUGGAUUCUUGUCCCACAGCGCUCUUUUGUCCUGCCCUGCUUGGCACCUUAGCUUCCAGCCCCUGGGGAGGGAGGAAGUCUUCUUAGAGAUAAGCACACACUGAAUGUGGAUCUGGCCCCUUUGUCCCUCCCUUGCCCUGGGGGCUGAAGACCACACCUCCGUCCUCUGCAGCGCCCACCGGUGGCACCGCCUUGCUGGGGUUGUGUCUAAGCACCUUAAGUCUCUUUUAAAAGUGAACGCCCGAGAACUCUGCAGAAUGUGGAACCCUUGAGUUCGUACAGCGUCUCCAUACAGCUCUGUUAUCUCCUCCUCUGUAGCCAGCAGGCUGCCGUCCCGCACGGGGCCUGAUGGGAAGACCACACUCGGGCCCCACACUUCAGACCUGUGGUGCCUGGGGGGGGGGGGUGCUCCAGCCUAUGGGACUCCCCUGGGACACUUCAUGGGGUGGUGUCACCAUCAGGCCUCCUUGUUCUCAAUCAGACGCCUUUAGUGCUUGUUAGCAUUAGAGUCUCUUUACAGGUGUUGGUCUGUGGCUGGCUCGCAGCUUCUCCCUGUCCUCCUCCUCCUCUGCCUCCAUUCAGGCAGGUGUCAUGGCUGCCGACCAUACCCACCGUUGCCCCUUACCACCUCAGUGACAUACACUGACCUGGCAGAGAACAGGGGGCCCCAGCCCGCAUUUGGUACCUUGCCAGGGUCCCUCUGCUGGCCCUGGAGGCCCAUUUCCUUCUUGUUCAGCACAGGAAGGACCUGCCUGGUUUCUGGGAGACCCAGGUCCUCGGGAAACACCAUCACAUACUUUUACCUUUGGUCUGGAACUGGCUCUUUUAAAGUCAUUUCAUGUUUUCUAACAAGGAAAAACUGGGUAAUUUUUUUUUUUUUUGCAUACUGCAACCAGAGUUCAUAGUAAAAGCAGAGAAGAUGUUAUAGGAUACACUGGAAGAAGGAGACCUGGAGAAGCCUGAGGGCUGACCUGGGCCUGGCUGCAUGGCCCCAAGUGCUGGGGACCUUAUAAGGCAGCAUGCCCAGUUCACAGAAGAUGCUACUAGCCUCUACGGUCCAUGCACAAUGGAGUGGCUGCUCCUGUCACUCUUGGGUAACAGCAACACACAUUUGUAAGGGUAAAGGGUUAAGUCAAGCUAACUGAGACACUGAAUCUCUUCCCCUCCAGCUGAAGGCUUGCGUGCCCUGGCCUCUGCCAACUGUAAGCUACCUUGGGUACUCCCGAGGGUCAGCUCCCCACUGGUAGGUUUUUCCUUCUGUCUUUCUGUCUGCUUGGGGUCUCUGUCUUCCCCCACUCACUAUUCCCUCACAAAUCGGAAGGAAACAGUCCAACGGGUCCUGCUGUGCAUGCACCUGGCCCCAGGAAAGCCACCUCAGAGCCUUUACUGCUUCACUAAUGCCUCUGGCUUCCUACAGAGCCUUUGAGGUCAGCUGACUGUUGAGUCCAUGAAUGACCGAGGAGUCCAGGCUGCAGGCUCUGUCCUCCUAGGCCUCCCCCUGCUCAUGAUCCAAUACAGCGCUUCCGAGAGCAAUAAAAACUACACUAGGAAUGUGGGAGUGGGCUUUUUGGUUUUUUGGGGUGGGGUCAGAUCUUGCUUUUUCAUCUGCUUCAGAAAGAAAAAGGGGGAGGAGAGCCCCUUCGAUUUUUCUAUUAAAUUAAUAAAUCUCAGAAUAAUGCUUUUCUCUUUUCCUUCACACCCUACUACUGAUAGGCAUGACAGAUGUCAUGGGCAGAUUCAGACAGAAGGGUCUGCGGAAGCAGUGGGCUUGCUAGCCUUCAGGGAGCCCAUGCUGGAAGCAGCAGGCUCAGGAGCCAGAGGCAUUCUGGAACCGGAGUGGUUGGUGGCCUCAGGAGGGAGGGCCUGGACUGCUAGGCUGGCUCUGCUUCUGGUUCUCCAGCAGAGGGGCCCCCACAAGACUGGGAUAUGGUCUCCUCCCUACUCAGGGUCAAGAGUCAGAUACACGAGGGCUCCCACCAUCUCCCCGAGAGACCCUUCCGCUGUCCAGGCGGUCUCCCACCCCUGGUCCCCAGCCACACCCACGUACCUCACGCAGGCCUCGCUGAAGCUAUGCUGAACUUCAGCAGUGGCUGCCACUCUCCUGCCUGCUUGUGGCAUUUCAUGGCACCCAUAUUGAGCAUCUAGGCUCUCUCUGAGGGCUUUGUGUUAGCAUCCUGAUGGGUGGCCAUCCUGGAAGAAGCAGGAGCAUCAUACUAGGAAGGCUGAAUGGUCAGAAUGUGGGUAAUUAGAGAUCAGGGACACUCUUCUUUUGACAAGACCUGUUUAACCCAAAGGGUAAGCAAACAGAACAAACGCUUACUGUUUGUGGAUCUUUGGUGACUGCAUCUGGGAGGCACAUCUGAGAUGCUGUAAGCCCAGUCCUGGGGGAGGGGAGACAAGGGGGCGGAACCCGUCUGAUUACAGAGAUGAGCUUUGAAUUCUCAGGCUGCCUGUUAACAAACUGUAACAAUGUAACAAGGCUUUCUUGUAGGAACAAUGCAGGUGUCUUCACAGAUGCCUUGGCUGCCCCUCCCAGCCCCUUUUGUGCACCUUGCCCUGAGAAUCUUUUCUGCCUCUGAUGCAGUCCAGCCUUCAUACUAUCCCAGGAAAAGUCAGGGUUAGCCCCGAUUUGUGUCAGGUUCCGGAUGAAGAAUUAAGUGACUCUUCCUGCAUGUUGCCCUGUCUCAGCCUGAGGCUUUAUAGGACGAGCCAAAAGUAACCUUUCCAGCCCUGAUGACCUGCACCUCAACUGUUUGUCCCACACAUAGACCCGACCACUAGCUAGAUGCAUGCGACGCUUAACGCUAGCCAUUUGGUGUGGCUUCUAGCCCUCUGCAGUGUCAUGAAGCUCAGGGUUAGAAUGGCGCACCUGUGAUGCCUGCUGCCUUCUUUCUAGAAACAUCUCUGGCCCAUAGGCCAGCCCCAAACCAAAGGCACCUGGGCCUGGGUGAGGGCACCCCUGACCUGCCUCAGGCCUUGUCCCAGAGUCUUGCCAUGGGGCUGUCAGGAGGGUGCUGACAUUCAUGCCCUAGAUUCCCUGCAUACAGGGGCCAGGAUUUUAAAAUGCCAGUUCAGGCUUUGGGCGAUCUACUUGGCUGACAGGGUGGACACAUGAAUCGAAUUUAUUACAGGCUUUUGAAAUCGGUUAAUCCAGGGGAAAGGUGGGAUUCUCACAGACCACUCCAGAAAUCAACCCAACGAGAGCACUUUGCAGAGCCAUCAGAGAUGGUGGCCUCCUCUCUUUACAGACAGCGACCUGUGAAACUGUGAACUUUGUACUGACAGGUCACCUGGAGUUUUCUUUUUUCUCCCGUAGCUUUUUGGUUUCUUUCUGUUGCAAAAGUGUUUGGACAGAAGCAGAACUGUGAACGAGAUCCUGAAAUGCACUAAAUUGUAUUCUAUUAAACUGGAGUUACUUGAUUCAAUGAAAGAGUUGCGUCGCUCCACUUGUAUUUAUUGUCUCAGAGUAGUAACAUUGUGACAAUCAAACAUGACUGUACCUCCUGGCUUCUCUGCACCGAGCAUCAGUGAGUUCUGUAACUACAGGAACGGCUCUUUCUGGAAGCCGCACAAACCAUGAACUUCAAUGAUCAAGUGCUGCGUGUGUGCGUGAGUGCGUGCAUGCGUGGGUGGGUGGGGCAACUAUCUGGGCUGCUUUUCCAUUACCAAGAAAUCGCCAUAUCUGACUGUGGGCAGUCUCCAAGAGAUGCAUUUGUCUACAGGGUGCAACUGUGUUAUUUGGGUGAUUCCUUUUGUACUCUUCUUUUUACAAGUUUGCUACUCACAAGCUUUCCGGAGUAAGGAUGGAGGGCUGUGCUCUAGGAAGUUGUCCAGGUCUGGGAGCCAAAGUAGACUUCCCAAGGCCUGGGUCUACGGCCUGGCUGUGUUGACUGCUAUGCAAAGCUCUCUCUGUCCACAGCAUGUAGAAGGUCACUCAAGCGGCGUGGCGCUCCUGCUUGGUGGUACUUUCUAGGUAAAAUGCAUAAGUAUCAUACACUUGUUUAUUACAAUGUUGUGAAAGGAGGGAUAAAAUGUCCACAAUAUACAAG